AUGACGGGACCCCGGAUAGCUUGCAUCGGAGUGAUUGGAAAGACGGAUAACCCCCUACACAUCUCUCUGUUUCCACCAUAUACGGACUCUACCAUUGAGUUCUCAUUCAUGCUCAACUCUUGUCUCGACAUCAUUGAGAUUCGGCGCAAACAGACCUCCAUCGACCAGGACCUCGGAUUGUUACAUGCAAUCGAUGAGCGCCUCGCCGCUUAUGGCUGGCUGACAACGACGGGGGUGAAGUUCUUGAUCAUUGUGGAUCAAUUCGGACGCGAGAGUGUAAGCGCAGGGAAGCCUGCAGGUCCUGCAGUCAGUGGCCUGAGGGACUCGGACUUGAAACCGGCUUUCCGGGCAUUGCAGAGCGCGUACAUCCAGCUUCUUCAAAACCCGUUCUACUCCCCGGACGAACACGCUCCGAUUUCCGAGACGACGGCAGCCGCCACGACCGCUGGUCAGCCCAUUUCAAACCCCAAGUUCAUCGCCGACUUGCAACGCAUUGGUCAGACGUGGGCCCCGGGAGUUGCCAUGUAG